AUGCCCCCCCGGAUCCCCCUCCCGCACGCCCAUGCCCCCGCCGCCUUCACCGCGCCUCCGCCGUCUCUCCGCCGCCACCGCUCCCGAGCAGUCUGCCGCGAACCUUGCGCCAUGCCGUGUCUCAGCGCGUCGAGCACCCCGAGGAGCGCCUGAACCGCCGCCUCCAUGGCGCUGCCGCCCCCCGCGGACCCGCUGCGCGCCCCCCCGCCUCCCGAGGACGCCGCCGCCUCCGAGCAGGCGCCGCGGCGGCCCGUGUCCUACCCGUGGGGGCCCGAGAGCGACGUGGAGGUGCUCCACUACGACCCGCUGGAGGUUUGCAACAGGGACUGCGAUCCUCUUGAUGUGCACAAGAACAAAUUCAGUGUGGAGGUCCUCCAGAAGAGGAACUCCGACCCGCUGAAAGCACCGCCGAAGCCCUGCCCCAAGACGCAGGUGCGGCCGUUCACGAAACAGUCGCUGGAGAAGCUGCAGAAGAAGACCGUGCAGCUGGUGCGCGAAUACGGCUUUCAGCCCAGAAGGAAGCUGAGCGUGGAGGACGGGUCCAGGCUGCCGGCGAAGUUCGAGCCGUUUCCCGCCAGGCUGUACGGGCGGCCCUUGGAGGAGAUCGACAAUUUCAUUUACGAUGAGACUUUCUGCGUAGUUUCGAAGAGGUUUCGGAAAAACUACAUCCACCGAUUCACCGCCACAAGUUCGUUCUUCUACUUCAGCCCCUUCAAUCCAUUCAGAAAGACAUGUAUAUAUCUAUGCACCAAUCAGUACUUCGAUUAUUUGGUUAUGGCCACAAUAUUGCUCAACUGCGUCUUCCUUGCCAUGGCCGAAACAAUUGAAGAAGCCGAGUAUAUUUUUUUAGCAAUUUAUACCCUCGAGAUGAUAAUAAAGACGAUAGCGAAGGGUUUCAUACUGAACAAAUACACGUAUCUGAGGAAUCCGUGGAAUUGGCUGGACUUUGUCGUCAUCACCAGUGGUUACGCCACCAUCGGAAUGGAAGUCGGCAACUUGGCAGGACUGAGAACUUUCAGGGUGCUCAGAGCGUUGAAAACAAUUUCCAUAUUGCCAGGGCUGAAAACCAUAAUUAACGCGCUUCUGCACUCCUUCAAGCAGUUGGCUGAGGUCAUGACGCUCACCAUCUUUUGUCUCAUGGUAUUUGCCCUGUUCGCUCUGCAAGUGUACAAAGGAGAGUUGAGGAACAAGUGCGUGCUUAAGAUGGAUGAUCAUAAUGCUUCCUACGAGGCCUGGUUCAACUGGACCCAGGACCCGACGAAAUGGCUGCGCCGCAACUCGUCCGGCGAGCCGUACCUGUGCGGCAACGUGACGGGGUCGAGACACUGCCCCUCCACGCACACCUGCCUCUGCACAGGGGACAACCCCAACUUCGGCUACACCAGCUUCGACAACUUCCUUUGGUCGAUGCUCACCACCUUCCAGCUCAUCACGUUGGACUACUGGGAGAACGUCUACAACAUGGUAUUAUCAGCUUGCGGACCCAUAAGUGUCACAUUUUUUACAGUCGUAGUAUUUUUUGGUUCAUUUUAUCUCAUCAAUCUGAUGUUGGCUGUGGUAGCACUCGCUUACGAAGAAGAAGCGGAAAUUACACUAGAGGAACGAAAGAAAGAAUUAGUGGACCACCGCGAAGACUCCACGUUCAGCUUCGACCCCUCCAAUUUGAACGUGAAAAAGUUGUCGAGGCAGAAAAUCAAGAAGAUCGACGCCAGGAAAGGGGUCCUGCUGUCGUCCUACACCAGGAAGAAGACGAGGCGCAGGAAGAGAAAUCGCAGUUCCACCAGCGCGGCGAAAACAAAUUCGACAGAAAACAAUGGCAAUAAACAAGAGACAAAAGACUCAGCUUCUAACAAAUCGUCACCGAAGAAGAGGAGUCGGAGAUCCGUCACACCGAGCCGCAGCCGUAGCCGUAGCCGCAGCCGAAGCCGCAGCCCCAGCCCCAGAAACAGCCAGCACAGUCAGCAAAGCCAAGAGCCGUCGCGUCCCCAAGCGCUGCCACUCGCCCUUUCGCACCCUCUCCCGCCUCCCAAGCAAGUUCUUCACGGCGACUCCAAGCGGCCGGAUACGUUGCGGCCGCACAACACUUUGGGUCCAAACCCGAACAGAUUAGGUCUACAGAGUAGGCAAGCCAGCAGCAAUAGUGGCCAAAGCAAUAACAGAGAAUCAUCAUUGGAUGACUCUGGUGUGGUGGACGAUCAUGAACCAGAAGGUGAUGCUACGUCAGAAGAUGUUGGUACUCACCACACACCCAGCAGCAGGAGAAUAGAAGUGACCCCAGUCACCAUUACAGUGCGUCCGAAAGAAAUAAAAGUCAUCAAGUGUAACGGUGUAGGUGGCUGCAAGAAGAAGGAAAUGUACACUUUGCAGCCAGACUAUCUUUCGCACAUUGUGGUCAUAAAUGAGCAAAUACCUGACAGAAAUUGUUCGGGCUGCGAAAAGUGCUGCAUGGACUACGAAGGCUGGCUGCAGUUCCAGCAGGGGCUCUACCAGAUCGUCCGGGAUCCUCUCUUCGAACUCGCAAUCACCGUGUGCAUCGUCCUAAAUACGAUGUUCCUGGCCAUGGAACAUCACGGAAUGAGCGAGUCUGUGCUCAGAGCGUUAGAUAUAGGCAAUAAGGUUUUCACUUCCAUUUUUACGUUUGAGUGCUGUUUGAAAAUCAUGGCACUGAGUAAAGACUUUUUCUACUGUGGAUGGAAUAUUUUCGAUUUAAUAAUAGUGUCUGCCAGUCUGCUCGACCUCAUAUUCGAGCUCGUUGAUGGAUUGUCAGUACUACGGGGUCUACGACUUCUCAGAGUGCUCAAACUAGCGCAGUCAUGGAUAACUAUGAAAGUACUCCUGAGCAUAAUCAUCAGCACGAUAGGUGCUUUAGGGAAUUUGACUUUUGUUUUAGUUAUUGUUAUUUAUAUUUUUGCGGUGAUCGGAAUGCAGCUCUUUGCUAAGGAUUACACGGAAGAAAAGUUUUUUCCUGAUCCUGUUCCAAGGUGGAAUUUUACGGAUUUUUUCCAUUCGUUCAUGAUGAUUUUCCGUAUAUUGUGUGGAGAAUGGAUUGAACCUUUAUGGGACUGUAUGAGAGCUGAAAAAACUGAGGGACCUGGUACCUGUUUGGCUGUGUUUCUUCCAACCCUAGUGAUGGGUAAUUUUAUGGUGCUCAACCUCUUCUUGGCUUUGCUACUUAACAGUUUCAAUUCAGAAGAACUUAAGACGAGAAAGGAGGUAUUUGAUAUUUUCUUCCAGGAAGUAGGCGACGUUUCGAAAUUAGCCCAGAGCUUUCAGCGGAUCAGGGAUCUAGUGAGGAAACGCCGGAUGGCAGAACAAAGGCAAAACGAGAACAAUUCCCGUCUGGAACAGAUAGUGAGGGAGGUGAUGCAGCGACACGCUGAAGAGGAGGCUUUCAGGACAGCAGAAAAAUCCCACACUAUAGUUGGAUUUCCAAGGGAUAAACGCAGCUACCAAGAAGCAAUGAAUAGACCGAUCUCAAUCAUCAGUUACGAUCCCCCAGAGUAUCAGGAGAGUUUUCCAGAAAACGAAACAGGCACCAAAACCUCCAAAUUAUACUCGAGUCUAAUGAACACAUCAGGAGACAGCGGAACACCAGUCACUAAAAAGAAACCUGUUGACAUUAAACGUUUGCAACAGAUGUCUUCAGAAUUAGGAACCACAAAUAGCAGCAAAGAUGAAAGUUCGAAUUUGAUUCCACAAAGCAAUAAUCGGUCGACUGAAUCUGAAAACGAAGAGGGUGUAGGCCAAAAAUCGAAAAACUGUGAUAAACCCAAAGCGCCACCUGCUAGUGAAAUGCCUUGGCAGACAUUGGUGUCCUACGUAGAUGAUUUAACUGUUGGAGGAAGAAGAAAUUCCAAGGGACAAUACGUAGAUGCAAUGGGUAGUUUCCCAGGGUUUGGGAAGAAGAAAAAAUCUAGAAUAGCUCCCGACUGCUUCCCAUCCAAAGUUUACGAAAGGUGCACUUGCUUGAAUCGGUGUACGGAUACAAAAAUUGGCAAGAAAUGGACCCAAAUGAGAAAACUUGUCUUAGGCGUUGUAGAUACUUCAGCUUUUGAAUGGUUCAUACUCGUAUUAAUUUUCGCUUCGAGCGUUACUCUUUGCUUUGAAGACAUUCACCUAGAUGAAAGCCCAGAGCUGAAGAAGGUGUUAUACUGGACGAAUUUAGCGUUCUCCGUUAUUUUCAUAAUUGAGAUGUUCCUGAAGUGGAUUGCUUUGGGUUUUUACAAAUAUUUCACUAGUUUCUGGACUCUAUUAGAUUUUCUCAUAGUAUUCGUGUCCCUAUUCAGUUUACUUAUCGAAGAAAACGAGAACCUGAGGGUUCUUCGUUCCUUGAGGACCUUGAGAGCCCUAAGGCCCCUUAGAGCAAUAAGCCGAUGGCAAGGCAUGAGAAUAGUAGUGAACGCACUCAUGUACGCCAUACCCAGCAUCUUCAACGUACUCUUAGUCUGUCUUGUGUUCUGGCUGAUUUUCUCCAUAAUGGGGGUACAAUUUUUCAGCGGAAAGUUCUACAAAUGUGUGGACGAUGAAGGCGAAAGAUUGGAUGUUAGCAUUGUGGAGAAUAAGUGGGAGUGUGACAAUAAAAACUUUACCUGGAUGAACUCGAAAAUAUCCUUCGAUCACGUGGGGGUGGCAUAUUUAGCACUAUUCCAAGUAGCCACUUUUGAAGGAUGGAUGGAAGUCAUGGCGGAUGCAGUAGAUGCCAGAGGUGUCGACCUCCAACCUCAAAGAGAAGCCAAUCUUUAUGCUUACAUUUAUUUUGUUAUAUUUAUUGUUUGCGGUUCAUUUUUCACCCUGAACUUGUUCAUAGGUGUUAUCAUUGAUAAUUUUAACAUGCUCAAGAAGAAGUACGAAGGUGGUGUGUUAGAAAUGUUUCUGACCGAAAGUCAAAAGCAUUAUUAUACAGCAAUGAAAAAAUUGGGGAGGAAGAAGCCCCAAAAAGUGAUAAAGAGGCCGAUGAAUCAGUGUCUGGCCAUGUUCUACGAUUUAUCGAAUUCGCGAAGAUUCGAAAUAGCAAUAUUCGUGUUGAUAUUUUUAAAUAUGGUAUCGAUGGGUAUCGAGCAUUAUGGCCAACCACAUACUGUGUUCUUCAUUUUGGAAGUUAGCAACGCAUUUUUCACAACCGUAUUUGGUUUAGAAGCAAUAGUGAAGAUGAUUGGGUUACGACACCAUUAUUUCACAGUUCCAUGGAAUGUAUUCGACUUCUUAUUAGUUUUGGCUUCCAUACUCGGUAUUCUCAUGGAAGAUAUUAUGAUAGAUUUUCCAGUAUCACCAACCUUACUUAGAGUAGUUAGAGUAUUCAGGAUAGGCCGAAUUCUACGAUUGAUUAAGGCUGCCAAGGGUAUUAGGAAGCUCCUGUUUGCUCUGAUAGUGUCUCUGCCAGCUUUGUUCAACAUCGGAGCGCUUCUGUCCCUCAUAACCUUCAUUUAUGCCAUCAUAGGGAUGUUUUUAUUCGGCCACGUCAAGCAACAAGGGGCUCUAGACGACAUGGUGAACUUCGAGACCUUCGGAAGGUCCAUGCACCUCCUUUUUCGUCUGAUCACUUCUGCUGGAUGGAACGACGUACUCGAAUCUUUGAUGAUCGAAUACCCAGACUGUGAUCCUCAUUACAGAAACCAGAGCAACGGUGACUGCGGUUACCCGUUGCUAUCAAUGAUAUAUUUCACAAGUUUCAUCAUCAUCAACUACAUGAUAGUCAUCAACAUGUACAUCGCUAUAAUUCUCGAGAACUUCAAUCAAGCUCAUCAAGAGGAAGAAAUCGGUAUCGUCGAAGACGAUCUGGAAAUGUUCUAUAUCCGUUGGAGCAAGUACGACCCUCAUGCUACCCAAUUCAUCAGGUUCACUCAACUGUCUGACUUCAUAGCCUCUCUUGAUCCUCCACUAGGCAUAUCGAAGCCCAAUACGGUGGCCUUAGUAAGUUUCAACUUACCAAUAGCUAAGGGCAAUAGGAUACAUUGCCUUGAUAUCCUCCAUUCACUUGUCAAGCAUGUGCUUGGACAUGUGGAGGAGACUGACAAUUUUAGACAGCUACAAGAACAAAUGAGUAUCAAAUUCAAGAAACAAUUUCCAACGAGGAAGGAGCUUGAAAUAGUGUCUUCUACUAGGAUAUGGAAGAGGGAAGAUAAGGCAGCGAGGCUUAUACAGAAGACGAUGAGAGAUUAUAUAAGGCACAAGAAGGAGAAAGAACGCGAACCCGACGAGGUGGACGAGACCACCCAGACCUCCUCCCCGGGCGGCGGUUGGCAAGGCCGACUGUCCGCUUUCCUGCACGUGCACCGCGGUAGUCGCGCCUCCUCGCGCAAGUCCUCGCGCGCAUCCGACGCCAGCGACCUCAGCGAGCUGGGCGGGCCGUGGCUGAACCUGCCGCUGCUACUGCUCUCCAGCGCGGCCAAUCUGUCGCCGGAGGAGGUGGAUUUGUCGCGCGAUCCGGCGGAUGUUAGCAUCAAGGUCAGCGAGGCCACGCCCGAUUCUGCCACAACUCCAAUCACGCCAACGCCCUCUAGCCAACCACGUCGACGCAGCAUCUACAACUUCCCAUUUUUCCUUCGUCAAGACGCAGUAGAGAACCCCGACGAAAAAACUUCGCCCGUCUCCAGUCGAAAAGAACUCAAACACGUCGGUACCUCCCAGAGUCUCCAUCCGGGAAUGGCCGAAGAACCAAAGCCGAAGCGCGGCAGCAUCAUAAGGCGCAAGCGCGCCGGUUCCGUGAAAGUUCGGCCGACUUCGGUGGCCAGUGGUGGGGGGUGUCAAAGAACGCAAUCCGAACGGUGCAGCAGCAGUGACGUGAGCAUCCUCGUCACGGAAGCUUCUCCCGAAAGUAAUAUAGUGCGCCCUCCUCUGAACAGACAGAACAGUGAAGCUACCGUUGUACAAGUUUUAGUUCAUAGAGAAAGUGAGGAAUACAAUAAUGAGGACCUGGAAGAAAUGGAUUCUUCGGUACCGGAAAACAUUCCCGCUGCUAACGAUAAUAUUUCGACUGAUGUAGUUGUAGAUUUAAACAGUACGGAGUCCUGCAGCUGA